UCGUCGUAAACAAAACUAGAGAUUUCAUUACGUUUCUACAUACAAUUAGCAAUGUAAACCAGGGUAGCUGUGAAAAUCCCCACAGGAGAAGGUUUUGGUGUUGGAGUAGAACAUCUGGGUGAUUUGAAAACAUUCAGGAAGUUCUCUUCAUUUUAAAUAAAAUGGCAAGCCAUGAUGGUCUUCCUAGAGAGGGAAAGAAGGAAUCCGACAGUCACCAUGGUCACAGUCGCAGCAAGAAGAAAACAUCACAGCAGCAAAAUGUCUACUCUCAUCUACCCAUGGACAGGAAAGCUAAAAACAAACUUGACCGCAGUGUGACAGAAGCAUCUCGACCCUGUGAGGAGCACUCAUUCCUGACUGAUGUUGCUGACGUGAGGGAAAUGGAGCAGGGCCUGCUGGGAUUGCUUGAAGACUUCCAUUCAGGCAAACUGCGAGCGUUUGGUGGGGGUGGAACGUUUGAGAAGAUGGACCAGAUCCGUGAGCAGCAGGAGAAGUUGGCGCGACUGCAUUUUGAGAUGGACAUCCAGCAGGACAUGCACAGACUGAAUUCAGAUGAAGCGAGGACAACUGCUAAUGACAAUCUCUCCAAACUCAUCGAUCAGCUCCAUGGGCUCAGCACCUCCAUUCAAACUCUCCAGACUCAUGACACAAAUGGUGGGGCAGGAGCAGGAGCAGACGGCAAAUUCUGAUUGGUCAAGACUGGAAGGAAGGGUGACAUAUGCUGCUUCUGAUUGAUCAGAACUUCACUUGGGAGUGAACUAUGCUGUUUCUAACUGGUUGACACAAGUCAGCCAUGAAGUUAUUCCUGGAGUCUUCAUAAGGUCAUGGUGUUUAAGACAUGAAUCAGUGAUCAAUAUAAGUUAUGUCUUCAAAACUGAUUGGUGUAAUUAAGAUAAUGAAUUCAAGCAUGUGAUGAAGUGAGAUCUGUUGAAAGUCCUGAUUAUUGAACCAGUCAGUGUUGACCUAGUCUGUUAUUGUUAAUUAUACAUGUUUUAUUUAUUCAACAAUAUAUUUGGUACCAUUUCACUUGUUUUACAACAUUGUCUUGAAAAUAUUGAAUAUAUUUAUAAGAUUCCAAAAUGUCUCUACGAUACACAUGUUGCUUUAAAUCUCUCUGCUUUUUAACAACUGCAUAAUGAAUGGUGUAUAUAUUUCAGAAGGGGAGAUAAGCAAACGACACUAGUCACGUUAACAGCAAGAAGCACUGUUCCACAAUAUUUGUGUAGUAGAUCUGUGCAAUGCAUUCUUGAAAGUUACAGAACUGUUAUUCCAUCAUUUUCAAUUAUCCAGUGUCUCCAUUCUUUUACAAAGAUACAUUGAACUCGUUCAUCAUUCUGGCUUUGUUUCAGAAGCUGUGCAGGUAUCUGUGUCUCUGCUGUUUGUUAUUCUGAGACAUGAGAGUAGGACCUCUAUUGUUAGCAUUGUGUCAUACCAAUGGAGCUGAGAUGUCACGAGUGUAAUGUUUUGGGGUUCUUCAUACACUUGCAAACUCUGGUUCUUCAUGAAAGACAACCAGGCCGAUUAAACGCAUGUGUAUUUUAAUGGCGACUCAUGAUAGACGACCAGUAAUCUAUACAAGUGGAAUGUUCCAACGGUGCCGUAGUCAUCAUAUAGUUGGUAGUUUGACAUACCGCAAUAUACAACAACAAGCAAGUGGUAUUAAUUCGAAAAGAAAGGAGGUAUGUUACGCUGGAUAAUCGAGGGUGAUAUGUUGUUGGCUGUAGCCAUACUUAAUCUAAAUACUUACUGUAACGGAUCCAUACUGUAACGGAUCCAAAGCAAUAACUGUCAUUAGCUCAAUCACUCAGUGAUCUUAUCAACUUUAAUAAUGACAUUGUUAGUUUAUUUCAAUGUCAAGUUCUUAGGGAGAAUUAUUACCUGUUGAAACUAAAUAUUUCUUGUAUUUUUAUGAUUUGUUAACAUUUAAAGUAUUCCAAACAAAUAAAAUCCAAUUCCAGUCUGUGAGAUGAUUAUGUGACAAAGUCAACAUUAAUCCAUGCACGUUUUCUAUUGUCAUAAUGAUCUUAAUAUGGUGGUGACUGCAUGCUGAUUGAAGUGCCAUGUUGCCACAGAGUUCUAUAUUUUACCAAUAUUUAUCACACUGGUGCCAACUGUUGAAGGUUUCACAUUUUUCACACAUAUUAAUGAGAGAUAUAAUACUAUAUGACAUAUGAUAAUUCAUGUAAUAUCCUCUUGUGGGUUUUUGCACUCCUAAAAACAUUUGUUGUUUUCUCGAUUAUUGCUUGAACGAUUGUAAAACAGGUCACCAUAUUAACCACAAAUCUAUGUUAAACAAGACAUCAUCUGGAUAUUUACAAUGACUGUGUGAUACAACCUGCCUCGUUAUAUAAGAGUAAACACUGCCGUCCCAAAAUGCAUCAUGUCCUUAGAUAUAUAAUUUGACGAUGCGUCCCAAAUAACUAAAGAUUGAGAGCAUAGGUGAAGAAUAACAACCAUCAUAUAUACAGAGGUUCAUCACCCAUGUAUGUAUUCCCAUGGCCUGCAUGAAUAAGGCUUUGACUGUUUUAUACAUGCACAUAUACAGUGGAUAAUUGAAAUAGUUGUAAAUAGCCAUCCAAAUUCAGAAUGUUAGAGUAUUGGAUGUGUUUGUUGCUUGUAUUUGGAACUUUGAAUUUCAGUAAAUACUUAUGAAAUUACUUUUAAGAAUGAAUGGUCUGACCAAAGUUUGUUAUUUUCCUGACAAAAUAUUUUUAACACUGUUAAUCCACAGAGGAGAUGAGGUGUAGAAAAUCAACCUUUUCCAGUGUACAAGUUUAUUUACAGGGACAUAGCUGGACCUGCUCCAGUCUAUACAGCAGUACAGUAACAAGUCCUAAAAGAAAUCAACAAUUUCCAAAUUGAAGUUGAAAUGCACUUGGAUUUGUCAACGUGAUUAUUGUGUUUCAGUCAUAUCAGGACCAAUGAAAAAACAGAGGCUUUAAUGUAGGAUUUAAUAUUAUGGUAUGGAAUGGACAAAGCACAAUGUUGAAUGCCACUAAAAUUAGAAUAGCCUUGUGAAAACAAUAUUAAAUAUUUUCACUAUUCAUAUGUUAGCUAAUGUAAACAUAUCAGGUUAUUGCGACAUAUCACAUGAACAACAUUCAGAUGUAAUAUAAAUUCUUACAUAAAAUCAGGUUAUUAUUUAAUUGCUCCAAAUGUUGUCCUUUAUUGUCAAAGUAAGGGAGACAACUAUGUUGUUACAACCGUUUUCCAUAUUCCAGCCAUUUUUCCAUGAUAAUGCAAUUGUAUUUCUUUGUGCUAAGAACAGAUAAGUAUUUCAUUGAAUACUGCCACAGAAUUUGCAAUAGUAUGAUAUGUUGUUUCCGUUUCUACAUUCAAACUUAGAAUAAUACUGAUGUCCUGUUUAGUACUGUAAUAUUGUUCCGUUUUGUGAUAAUUAAUUAGUAAUCAAAAUUAACGUUCUUUGACUUUUCUUCCAGUUCAUGGAAAUGUGUGGAGAUUAAUGUGAUGAUGUUUACAUUGAAUGAUAUUUCUAGAAAUGUAAUCAAAUACUAUUUGCUUACAUUGUGUUUAAAUCAACAAGAGCUGUACCUUGAUCUUAGUCAUGUGUGAUAUAUUACGUCUUAUAUUUGCUUGAACAUGGGAGGAAGAAUACACCUCAUUGACUGUUGCUGUUACUAGUGUUACUAGGAAGGUUGCAUUCAAAAUAGUAACUCAGUAUGGAAACUUAUGAAGCAAUUCCAAAUAAAACUUAUUUUUAAAAACAAACCAGUUAUUCGAAAUAUGUCAAAAAUUUGCCUUAAAUCAAGAUAAUUUAACAAAGUCCCUUUAAAAAAAUACUGAUAUAAUUUUAAGGUAAUUUUAAGGAGAUAUUGCUGAUUGCAUAUCUCCAGUUUUAAAUUUUCGACUGGAUAUUCUAAAUGCAACCUUGUGUGAUAGUCUAUUUUCUUACAUAUCAGUGUACAUGUAUAUGAAAUACAAACUUAUUUGUAAAUACAUUACAGCUGUGAUAGGUCCUGGUCCCUGGGCAUUGCUCCACAAACCGAUCGUAACGCUUACAGGAUUGUAACUUCUAGACUUUAUCACAGGCUUGUCAUCAUCAUAGUGCUAAGAUUGGUUUGUGGAAUGGGGUCGUGUUCCUCAAAGAAAUCUUAGUGCUAGUAUUCACUGUUAGUAAUGAGUGAUGGCAGGUUACUGUCUGGUUGUAACAAUACUUUAGCAAUAUCAAAUCAUGUCCGCUUCAUUUCACAGUUUUGGGGGAAAGAAUAAUAGUCCCCAACUAACUAUACUUAUAAGAGAUUACCAAACGGGUCGGUUCGGUAGGCUAAGUGAUUUGGUCAAUUGUAUGCCAUCUAUCCAUGUGGAUAGAUGUCCUCGUUGUCAAUCACUGGAUUGUCUGGUCCUGACUUGACUAUUUACAGAUGACUGUGAUACAGCUGAGCAGUUGUAAAUAACAUGAACUAGAAAGAAAGAAAAAAGAGUGUUGGAGGUAGACCGUGUCCCAGACAAGGUUGCUGGGGUAGCCUGGUCGUUAAAGCCUUGGCUCGUCACGUGGAAGGCCCCGGUUUUGAUUCCCCACAUGGGUACAAUAUGUGAAGCCCAUUUCUUGUGUUCCCCAUCAUGAUAUUGCUGGAAUAUUGCUAAAAGCAGCUUAAAACUAAACUCACUCACUCCUGGGACUAAAAUGAAACCCAGGUUGUAUGGGUUAUCCCAUUUGAUAGAUCCAAGUCUCAUCAGCUUGCUCAAUAACCAUGGCGAUUUGACCGAUUGCAUGUCAUUGAUUGGUCAUGCUUUCGGUCACUAGUUUGAUUCAAUUAUAUCCAGGGUCCCGAUCCACAAAGUGUUCAUAAGGUUACGAUCUGUUGUACCUCUAUAAUUUAUCAUAGGCUUACUGUACAAUCUGUGAAGCCCAUUUCUGGUGUCCCCCACCUUGAUAUUGCUGGAAGAUUGCUAAAAGCGUCGUAAAACCCAACUCACUCACUCACUAUCAUAGGCUUACGAAUGUCAUAGCGCUACAAAUACUGUGAGGAUCGCGACCCAGGCAGACCCUCUGACAUUUCUGCUUGAAUAGUGAUGACACUUAUAAAGGCCAGGGUCCCGAUCCACAAUGUGUUUCUAGCGCUACUCCAUUCAUAAGCCUAUGGUAAAGUGUAGGGUUACGACAGGUCAUAAUGUUAGAAUGCUCUGUGGAUCGGGACCCAGGUUUGUUUGGUGAUCACAGGCUUGGUAUACACAGAGAGAUUUCACAUGAUUAUAUUUUUUUAGAAGGGGAGACAUUCUAGGAUACAUUCUUUAUCUUACCUCUGAUGUGACCCCAAUACAGAGGAAUGUUUUAGUGCUAAGAUUGGUUUUUAAAAUUUUAAUACACUGAACUGAAACAUGUACCAAUGCUAAGAUGGUUCCAUACACUGACAUGUCCAAUGUCCCUGUACUAAAAUGUCUUUGUGAGUUGGUCAGAUGAACAUCAGUUGCUCAUUGUCAGCCUUGGCUCUGUCACAGGCAUAUAGAAGUCUCAGCAAUAAUGUCAAUCAGAUAGUCCUCAAUGGUUGAAAUAGUGCCAAGACAAUGUUUGUGUUUUAUCAAUGGUUAAGGGGAUAUCAGAUGAGUUACUGACAUGGCUUGAGGUGACAGGGCCCAACAGAAUAUGAUACAAUCCCCAGAGGAUCAGAUGUGACUCCUUAAGGAUCUAAAUCAGUCCCUACUUAACACAGGUGCCAGUUGACAGCUCUGUCUGUGAUUCCUAGUAACCAUGGUAACAAAUCAAAUAUGAAAUCGUAUUAAAAUAUUUUAAUCAGAGUGAGUGAACGUAUUGUAACCACCAGUGUACGAAAACAUGUGCGAUUCUGAUCUUUAUGAUAUAUUCAUACUGUGGAUUGUCUUCAGAUAUCGGUAUUGGUCCUGGGGGAGGAAGGCAAUAUUGAUGAGUCCCAGGGACUAUUUUGCACUAAUUUUGAAGGUUAUAUGUAUAUUUAAUGCAUGAUUUAACAUCCAGUAACAUCUGGAUGCAUUAGAUGUUUUACACCUGACUUUUAUUUGGGUUAUUAUAACAACCACCACCACCUUUGCACACUGUACUUAUGUACUACCACUGCUUUUAUCUGUGUAUUGAAGCUAUUUUGUUCAGUCUCAUGUGUAAUCCUUUCAGAAGGGUUCUACUUGUACCACAACAUUUAUUUGCCAUAACAGCCACAACUGAUGUAGUUUAAGUGCUUCUGUUUAACAUUUGCAUUGUGGUUUAAAGGGUGUCAUUAUUCAAGAUAUACUUCAACUUGAAAAAUUGAAUCAUCCAUUCAAUUGUCCUUACCAUAUGUGGACUCUCUUGCGGAAAUAUUGUUGAUGUGAAAAAGGUUGGUUCAGGAUAUAUUCAUGUAUUAACAAUGUGUGAAGCCCAUUUCGGGUUUCCUCUGACGUGAUAUUGCUGGAUUAAUGCUAAAAGCAGCGUAAAACCAUAUUCACUCACACACUACAAAUUGGUUUCAGUUCUGUGUUGUUUGUGGAGGCCAAUCAUUAAAUGUGACGUCACAGCAUUAAAUGAUGACAUGUUUGGGAAUGAGAUAUUUUGAUCAUGAAGACAUUUUGGUUGUGAUACAUAACAGUGAUCGUUGGCCAAGUGGUCUAAGGUACAACUUGUUAAAUGGAGUUGCAUCCCUUAUCUGUGACAGGAUCUUCAUAAAUGAGUUUGAAUCCCAACUGAACAUUCAACAUCAUAUGUGCCUUUCUGGCUUUCAACAUAGAGGUAUAAAUGUGCCGGGAAGUGGAUUGUGACAACCAUAAUUAGUCAAACUGUGUCAAUCUUCUCUUGUCUCAAAGUAAAGGCUUGGUCACUGACUUGGUCUUCAAUUUGUGGUUUUGUCGAAUGAAAGUAUUUAGGAAGGCUGGUUCCAAUUCAUCACUGCAGUGUUUGACUGUAUCUUGUAACAUCAAAUCAAAGCAACCUCAUUCAACAUUUUCUGCAUCAGAACUUUAAGAAACUUGUUUUCAAAGCAUGUCCCUUGUCAACCCAUUGACUUUUCGCUUCUACUACAAAAAUGUU